UCUAAGUGCUGAUUGUUCUGCAGCAGCUAGUAAGCAGAGAGAACUCUCUCUCUGGCGGCCUAAACCGUCCCAUCACCUCCCUCUGCAGACCCAUAUAGACUGAUGGCUUCAGCCUCUGUGGCUACUUGGGACAGAAGGAAUUCUCUUCAGUUAGGGGACAACUAACAUUUUCAGAGCUUGCUGUCAUUUUGUGGUGGUGUUUUCUGUGGAUUUUUUUUUCAACGAGAGAUUUGGGGGAUUCUGUUUAUAGUUUUACCGUAGUUGUGUGUGUCUGCAUAGCUGUGAAAUAGCCUGAAUCCCAGGGAGAGAUCCUAGAAGGCCUGGCAGCAUCCCAGGUACAUUGGUGUGGUGGAGCUGGGCAGUGGGUAGUAUCUCUGGCUCAUUAUCCUCUCCUCAGAGUUGUUACUGGUGCUUCCAGCAUCAGCCCAGCUUUGUUCACUUCAUGGCCUGAGUUGAAUUGGUUCGUUGUUUUGAAAUGGUUGUGCCAAUAGUGAUUUACACCUGAAAACCUGCCUCUUUCUUAGGGGUCCUAGAAGUAGAACAAGGAUAUCACCAAUUUAUAUUGAAUUACAGGUGCAAGGCUGGAGGACUUCAAGAAGGCAUCAAGUCUUUGCAAUGAAAUAGCACUGGCAUUAGCUGUAUAUUCUGUUCUCUUAAAAAAGAACAGUGCUAGAGAUUCUGCAUCAUAGGUUACCUGUUCCAGUCACCACUUUGGCACUGUGUGGAUUUGUUUCUUCAUAUCCAGGCUGGAUCUUGUAUACCAUUUGAGCUGAUACUAUGAUGUGGUAGAAGAGUUGAUCACUUUCCCUCUUUAUUUUGUCUUCUAAUGUGGGUGGAUUUUUCUGUUCCAUUCACUGUUACCAUUUUAAGACUAAACACACUCAGAUCCUUCAGGUUUUUUUUAACCCAGGUCAUGCUUUUUGUGCUCUUGAUUUCUGUUUCUUUCCAAUGCAAUGUUUCCAAUUUCUGCAUCUGUUUCAUACAGAAGAAUAUGUGAGCCUGAGUGAGAUUUUGUUGGCUGAAAUCUCAAGUGAGGAGUGACAUGGAAUCACUGUUUCUCUGUCACCCUGGCAAUGUAGCUACUAAUAUGUCCCAGGAUGUCAUUUGGCUACUUUGCAGCAUCAGAAGCCUGGUGGCUUGGAAUUAAUUUCUGAAUCAAUGAAAUGCUUCUAUGAUUUUUGUUUUAAUGGCACAUCAGAAUUACUGUUUUGUCAUGCUCAUUUGAUUGAUUCUUUUUUUUUUUUAUUUGCCCUUAUUAUACUGGUUUUGUACCAAUCUUUGCUGAGAAUGGUUUAAUAGUAUUCUAUAUAUAGGUUUAGGUUCCUGCAGCCAGAUCAAUACGCUGCAACGAGAUGCCCCAAAAUCCUGAGCUGGUUUGAACUUCUUACUUGGGUUCUGUGUGGGUCAGUAGAGUUUACACUUGAUCAGACAUUAUGUUGCUACAAAAAGCUUUAGUGACUUUUGCACAGCUAGCCUUGCUAGUGUCUUCACUGAUUUGUUCUUGUAUCCUCCCUUUUUGUUAUUGAUCACUGCAGCCAGGCCUUCCUCCUACAGUGAUUUAUCUCAAGGACUGAAACUGGGAAAGGGCCUUUAAAAAUUAGUUUUCCCUGUUAGUUUGUUCUGACUCCGUUCACUCAGAGAGUCAGGUGUGAGCAUAGGGAGGGGAUGCUUCAUGAGGGGCUGGGGAACAAGGAGCAGCUCUACCCUUUUUACCUGCAGUGAGCCAUUAGAUUGGCUCUGAAAUCCUGAUUUUUUUUCCUUGAUAUUGGCCCUUUCUAUCUAGCUGUUUCUUAAUGCUUUGCUAUCUUUAUCACUUUCUUAUCUUGUAGGUAACUACAAACUGAUCAUUUAACUUGAUCAAGAGUUUCAGAGGAUUUCUUAAGUCUUCUCCCACCUUUUUUUUUCUUUUUAUAAAGGUAGGUGAGGCAUGAUGCUUCUCCAGCCUUCUGUGGCCUUCCCAUAUUCCUAUAAAUUUUCAAAGAUGGUCACUAAUGCUUCAGAGAUGACUUUGGUUCCUUAUGUGCUUUCAGGUGAAUGCCAUUAUUCUCUCACAAUCUGCAGCUGGUUUAUGAACAUCUGUUAAGCUGUUCUUUUCUAACCCUCUCUACCAUUUCCAAGUAUCUUCAGCUUGUGACAUUUCACUUUUUCUUCUGGAGACUGAAGGAGCAUUUGUACUUCAGCUUUUGCAUCAUUUGUUUUCCUUUCCUGUUUGCCAAUGAGAGUGUAAUUAUCCUUAUUUUCCUCUUCUAACGUAGCUGCUUGUCUCCACUUUUCUUGUGGCUGAAGAGUUUUUAGUAACAGCUGUGCUGAUUUUGACUAAGAGACCAUCUAACUCAGUAUUCUUCUAGGAAAAGAUAGGACAAAAAUAGGACAAGUAUAUGUGCUCUUUUCAACUAAUCUUCCAGCCUUCAGUUCCUUUCGGAUAAGGACAUUUCCUCAGUCUUAUAUGAGCUAACUGAACGAUCAGUAGACUUGUCUUUCUAGUACUUAUUGUGCCUUCUGUAGUAGUAAAAUUUCCCAUCAUUUUUUGGAGAAAUGCUACCACACAAGUUAUCUGCUGAUGUACAAUCACAUUUGUGAUGUUUUCUAUGAUGCUGACCCUCACUGGCUUCAUGUGAUGAUUAUUAGCAUUUACACUGAAGAGAUGGUGAAUAAUCUACCCCUGUUCACUAUUUUUACUUCACUAAUGACUUCUCAGACUUCUCUUAUAUUCUCCAUCUUGCAUCCUAAUCUGUUAUAUGGAUGCUGUUCCAUGGCAAAGAGCAGACUUACAUGGGUAGCAUCUCCACUUAAUAUCUUUCUUUAAAGCCUCAGGACACCGAAGAGCAAGAACAAGAGUACUUGGUGUCCUUGUCCAGCCCACCUGAGGAGAGAUGCUAAACGACUCUUUCAAAAAAUGUCUUGUGCAGUUUCACAUGCUCAGUGAUAAACAGCCUCUCUGUCUUUUGGUGCUAUCGGCCAGCCUGGCUGAGACCACUUAGCAAUGACAAAACAAAAGCUUCUGUUUGAUGGGACACUCUCCUUGUUUCUGAUUGUGGCUUGUGAAGCUCAGCAACUUCCAAGGAGUCAUGCUGCUAGCACUGGUCCACUCUGCGAGAAGGAGGCAGAGUCCUGGGGAAACCUGUUCAGCAGUGAGCAGCUGGAUGCCUGGAUCUGUUCACUCAUUGGUUCAUUCAUGGUGGGGAUGAGUGGGGUCUUCCCCUUGCUAGUGAUCCCAUUUGAGACAGGAGCUGCUCUGCGGUCAGAAGCUGGAUCGCACCGUUUGAAGCAGCUGUUGAGUUUUGCAAUUGGUGGGUUACUGGGGAAUGUGUUUCUGCAUCUGCUUCCUGAAGCCUGGGCCUACACAUGCAGUGCAACGACAGGAGAAGGGCAGAGCUUUCAGCAGCAGAAGCUUUUGGGUCUCUGGGUGAUCAUUGGUUUCCUGACCUUCCUGGUGCUAGAGAAGAUCUUCCUAGAGAAAGAGGAGUGCUCUGGUGUGGGCUACAGUUCCAAAGCACCAGCUGGAAAUAUUUCCAAUGGAAGUGGCUACUCACUGCCAAAGGUGGCAGGCCAAUCCCAAAGAGCAGGAACAGAUCUGACUCACUGUAAUGGUUCCUCUCUUCAGUCUUGUCCAACAGACAACAGAAUCAAGAUUAGUGGAUACCUCAAUCUCCUGGCCAACACAAUUGAUAAUUUUACACACGGCCUGGCAGUAGCAGCCAGUUUCCUGGUUAGCAGAAAGGUUGGGUUCCUAACCACAAUGGCCAUUCUUCUGCAUGAAAUUCCACACGAGGUUGGAGAUUUUGCAAUCCUACUUCGGGCUGGCUUUGACCGUUGGAGUGCAGCUAAGAUGCAGCUUUCCACAGCUCUAGGGGGGAUUCUAGGAGCCUGCUUUGCAAUAUGUGCCCAGUCACCAAAAGGAGCAGGGGAAACAAUAGCCUGGAUCCUCCCUUUUACUGCUGGAGGAUUUCUUUAUAUUGCCUUGGUAAAUGUUGUGCCUGACCUCCUAGAGGAGAAGAAUCCUUGGAACUCCCUGCAGCAAAUUCUGCUCCUAUGUACAGGCAUUACAGUCAUGGUGCUACUCUCGCUCACAACUGAGUGACCUCUGCGCAGACCUCAUGAUGCCUCCCAGAGCCACCACAGUGACUCUGAGCUGUUACAAAGCAAUAAGGAACACUAAUGUUACUUCCUAUGUGUGUGUGUGCAGAUCUGGCUGCUAGUAUGAGAAGCAGGUGAGGAAGAGGUCUGGGUGUGCAGGACUUCAUUCCCUGGCUUUUCUAUCCCUGUUCUGCUAAAAUCCACACAUCAGGGCUUCUGGGUUUUUGUUUUGUUUUGUUUCUUCCUUUUUUGUUUUUUCUUUUCUAAUGGAGCAAAAGAUAGAGUGAGCAGAAUUGAACUGAACAGCUGCUCCACAGCAAAUGGACAAUGUUUCAUCCACUUCAUUCUGAUGGGACUGUACCUCCCAAGCUCUUAAUGUGAAAACAACAGAGAUGAUUCCAGUAGCUGAUGAACAGGAAGGACUUUUUCUACCACUCUAAGGGGUUGAGGCAGAAAAUGGAUGGCAAAGCAACCAUAAGCCAACAGCUUCAGUCAGAACUUGCUGCCCAUGAGAGGUUAACAGUUCUAUGAGAUAGAAGGAGGGGGACCCUUUCUAACUUGAUCUCCAGCUUUUCACUGACUUCACUUAUUCCUAAAGGCAGCAUUAGCCUCAGCAUCCCACUUCUUUAGGUCUAUUUAGUAUUUGUUUAUGUUAAAAUCAAGCCAAAAGCUUGAAGUCACUACAGUUUGGCUCAGUUUGGAGAUUACUUGCCUCAGCCCUAACCACUCCAGUAGCCAGCACAGCAGAACUCUAAAUCUGAGAAAUGGUCAGUAAGUGUUUCUUUGUUGGCCAUAAAACCAGCUCAUUUACAUCUGGAAGGAAAGCUACGUAGCUAUUGCGACUGAGCUCACUCUCAUAACCUUUAGAUGAACAUGGCUCUGAGGCUGCUCUCAGGGCCCAACUCGCUUACCAUCUGUAGCAGGCUAGCCCUGCCUGGUGUGCUACAGCAGGCCUAGGCUGCCAUGACAAAGGUUUGGGCAGCUUGGGCAGCAGCCAGUAACCCCUGGUUAAACCCCUAGUUAGCUUUUCCUCUCUUCAGUGUGGACUAAGAGCACGCUAUAACCAAAAAUACAGAUAGUAGUCUGUUUCUGAGCUUCUUACCUCACAGUGAAGUUAGUCAGUUGGGGAUAAAUGGAUAAGAAGUAACACUGACAGCCCUUAAAGGGAGGGCCACAGCAUCAAAGAAUAGUGGAGGGAGGGUGAAAUGAGAAGGCUGAAACUUCUCGAGAAAAGAUUUUUAAAAGUGAGUCUAGAAAAUCUGUGUGAUAAGUAAGGAGAGAAAAGGAUAUGAAAAGGUGACAGUAAAUCUGCUUCAGGAGGAGUUUUCUAUUUUGUGACACCUGGGACAAAAUCUUUGGCAAUUUGAGACUGAUAAAAAUAAAUUCUGUUUCUAGUGCUUUCCUGCAUCCCAGCUCUUGAGGCUGACCAGGCCAUUGUUCCACAGGGAUGUUUUGCUGCCACAGAGAUGUGCAAUCAUCCCUUCUGCAAAGCUUGUAUCUGUUUAAAAGCAGGUCUAAUUGAAAUAGUGGAGUCAUUGGGCACAAAACAAGUGCCACAGUGUGAAUUGCACCAGUUCUGUGCAAUUCU